AUAUUUUUAUGUCAAACUUAGUUAUUUAAUAAAAUGGAAUCUAAAGAAAAAAAGAAUAAUCAAAUUAGCGCAGAUAAUUAUAGAAUUAAUUUAAAACAAGUAAUGCCUUACAUAUUAGAUGCACCGUAUAAAGAUAUUAUUAAUGGGGAGAUUAAACCGUCAUUGGCUUAUAAAGAAUUACGUUGUACAACAGAAGAGCGAUUAGAAAAACUACGAAAUCCCCAACGAAAAUUUAAAUUAGUAUCUAAAAGAGACGCGUUCAAGAGAAUACCCGAAGCAGUGAUAUUUCAAAACUUCGACAAAGGCGUUCCUUAUGUAGUUCCAAUAGAGAUUAUUAAUCAACGUGCGGUUCCAUUGAACAUUAUGAUCCAUUUCGAAAAUUCGAGACAUUUUACAGCAAUAAUAGAGAAUAGCAAGACCAGAAUUGCUCCUGGAAUGUCUAUAAUUAUAAAAAUUACCUUUUUGCCUACUGAGAGAUUUCUAGAUUAUGAGCACAAGAUAAGAGUAACGUCUAAUUACGAAUGUUUUGUAAUACCAAUAUACGCCCUUGGACCUCGUCCAUUGUGCAACAUGCCGGACAGAGUAGUACUUCCGCCUACGGUAGUCAGAGUACCAACUGAAAAAGUAAUGAUAGUCAAAAAUUUAUCUGAAGUUUUGCUAUCUUAUGUGGCGCUAACUGACAAACCGUUCACUAAUCCUCUAACAAGAGCCACAGUUCCGCCACACGGUAUUUUUGAGAAAGUGAUUUCGUGUCUACCUCUGAAAGCGGGCAUGGCCUGUGGAAAUAUGAAAUGCUAUUUUAGAAAUCAGUUGUGUCUAACAGUGAAGCUGGAAUGUGAGGUUAAAACAGUCAAACUAAACUUGGAUACUCGCUUAGUAAUUUUUGAAGAUACUUAUUUAGGCCUAUGCAGUCGUAAGAUUUUUAGAGUACAAAAUGACAGUCCGUAUACCCUGCAGUUUAUAUGGAAAGAGUUCGAUGCCAAGAAAGAAAGUGAAGAAAUGAAUAAAAUGCUUAAUCUGAUCGAAGACAUGAGAGCAUACGAGGAAAAAAGAUACGCUAAGCUUGAAUAUUUGGACAUUUUGAAUCAGAGACAGCAUUCCGAUAUUUACCGACGCAUAUACGAGGAUGAAAAGAAAGAAUUAGCAGCUAAAGAAGAUAUGUUUAUAUUUAGAUCCGAUUUUGCUGACAUUAUUCCAAAGGUGGGAAAAGUGUUGCCUCGUUCCGAAUUUGAAUUUACAGUUAUAUUUUGUCCCAAAGAAGCGAAAUAUUACAGUUGCGUUGCCUAUUUGGAUAUAGAUGGAGUCGAAGAGAGAAUAAGGGUAGACUUGCAAGGAGACGGAAUCGGACCACGAAUGGCCUUAAAUGUUUUAAGUAUAGAGGCAAAUCAGAUUUAUCUCACAGAUAAGCAUCAAUAUGAAAUUGCUGUUUUCAAUGAAGGUAUUAUACCUGGGACUGUGUCUUACAUAGAAAAGGAAUCGAACUUCGGUGGCACAAUCAGAUGCAUUCCUAAAACCUUCAACGUGAACGCAAAUGAAAAAAGGGCAUUUAUUUUGGUGUUCAGUUCUACAGUUCAAGGCGAUUUUCUGGAAACAAUAGAUUUUAUUAUACAAGAAUCCGGCGAAAAACUUCAGUGUCUCUUAUCAGGAAAAGUAAUAUGCCCGUUAUUGAAAUGUCUACCAAAUAAUCUUGAAUUUGGUGAAGUAGCUAUAGGAGUGGUACAUGAAAGGACAAUUGAUUUAAUUAAUGAAUCUAGAGUAGACAUUUGCUUUGACAUUGAAGUAAGCUAUGCUCCUUCAGAUCUUAUUUACUUAUUUGAGAUUUCCCCUACAGAUGGUUUAGUUAAGCCACAAUCAAGUACUCCUGUUAAGGUUACCUUAUUUUGCGAAACAGACUGCACAGCAAGCGGUGUGAUAUCAGUAAUUAUGUGGAAAUCACAUCAGUAUACCGCCACAAUUCCAUUCCAUUGUACCUGUUCUUGUCCCAGAGUCACAUGUUCCCCUGAAAAGAUUAUGAUUAAGUUUUGUUUUUUGAAUUGUAAAUAUCAAAGAUCAUUUAAAAUAACAAAUGAAACAGAUAUAGCAGGAAAUAUGGAAUAUGUACCAGAAGAGAACGUGGAGCAAGCUAUUCUCUGUGAACUGGAUGAUACUAAAUUUUACAUUCCCCCUAAAGGAUCGAUAGAUGUCCCAAUAACUGUAACUGUUACUGAAUUGGGCCCGCAAGAAUUACCUUUGGUAUUUUUGUUUGGAAAAGAUAUUAAACAAAAACUUUCUUCGAUAAUAUGUAAUGGACAAGGACCAGUAAUAACGUAUUAUCCCGAUGAAAUCAACUUUGGAAAAGUUAAUCUUUUAACAAAAUAUGAACAGUAUCUAUCUCUUAUUAACGAUUCGCCUAUUCCUGCAUUUAUCAAAAUAUAUUGUAAAAACAACAGUCCGUUCUCCGUCGAGGAGGGCAAUAUACGCUUGGAAGGGGAAGACACGAAAAAAAUCGCCGUCUCAUUAUUUAUGAAGGACCCGAAAAAAAUUAAGGAUACCGUUUUUGUCGAGAUAUACCAAGGCGACGUGCUAACAGUUAAGGUGUCUGGCGAAGGUGUGGGCACCUCCAUAGUUUGCGAACCGGAACUGCUGGAUCAUAAUUUGGGAACGGUUCUAACCUACAAAUUGUUUUGCGAAGAAAUCAAAGUAAUGAAUAAGGGUUCUGUACAUCACAAGUUGUUGUUCUCCAAACGGAGCGAUGUGAAAUCUUUAACUGAAGAGGGAGAAAGUGACAUACCAGGCGUAUUUAGCAUGGAGCCCUGUUUGUUCGAUUUAGAUAGCAACCAAGAGCAGAUUAUGAAGCUUAUUGGAAAAUGUAGAAACCCUAAUAGGGUAGAAGAAAAGUUCUAUUGCUAUGCCAUUAUAGGUUCGAUCAAGGGCAUCAAAACUCUUAAUGAAAUGAUAAUUAGUGCUAAUUUUGUUGACCCAAGUAUACAAUUCUCUAUGACGGAGAUGCAUUUCAACAUUAACGUUCUAGAUGGAAAACAAACGGGAAACACAAAAGAUAAACUUCGUUUUCAAAACAAGACCGGAAUUGAUAUUGAUGUAUCUAUUACAAUAGGCCAUAGUUUUACUAUAUGCAGUAGCGGGAAGAAAACUAAUAAGAUUACGAAAUGUAUUAAAAACUUGACCGAAACAGUGACCGAUGUCGAAUAUUGUCCAAGUAUUAAGCAAAAACGUAGAUAUAAGCAAAAGGGCAAGUUAAUUUUUGAAUAUGACAAUCAUUAUAAAUCGGAUGUCAUUAAUCUACAUGGAGAGGUGAUGUUUCCCACGGUGAAUUUAUACCCAGAUUCUUUAGAUUUCCAAUGCAUACCACUAGGAUCAUCAAGCUACAAACUGGUUGUAAUAAAAAAUAUCAGUUGUCUAACGGUGAACUUUAAAUGGUACUGGUCGGAAAAUAUUUUCUCUGCAAAGAAUAUUAAACCGGAUGAGCAUGGCGAUGAAAUGUGCGUUAAUUUUAAUACUGAAGAGAACCUUCGAACUAAACCUUGGUUUUAUACCGAAAAUAAAAUCUGUGAUAUUGUUCCAAUGGAAGAUGUGGAAAGAUGCUCUCAAAUCACGGAACCAUCUUUAUUAAAUCAAGCUAUUUAUCGUAGUGAAAUGUAUAAAGAAGAAAUGAAGGAAAUUUUAUUUCCACUGUUGAGUAGUGUAGAAGUAGAAGAAUCCAAUCUGUUUGAUAUGUCCUUUAAAACUUGCAACAGCCACGACAUUACCAAAUGGUUAAGUAUAGAACCUAGUGAAGGCAUUUUGGAACCAUCUGAAUACACUAUAGUCACUGUUGGUUUUAAUCCUCCACCUAAUACAGAAGUAAGUGCCGGAGCUAUAUGCAAAGUUUAUGGAGGAGAAGAAGAAAUAUUAAACAUUACAGGAAAAUCUUCAAAAUUAUCUUAUAUUCUGGAUAAAACUGUCAUAGAUUAUGGAAAUCAGAUAUUCUGUGAAAUAUGUGUUCAAGAGUUAAAUUUAAUAAACGACAGCCUGUGUUGUAUAGAAUUUAAGACAAGUGGAGAUGACUUGUGUUCAUUUGAAUGGGAUCUAUUUAACGUAGAACCUAAAACCGGAACUAUAAGUGCAGGAGAGAUUAUUACAUUUACUCUAGGUUAUCUGGAACAAGUUACUAUUGAUGUUUAUGGUUACGCCGUCAUGUGUCAAAUAUUUUUACAUGCUCCCAGAGCAUUGAACAUAGACGACAGUGAUUAUUACAAAGCAAUAUCGUGGAUAACACCUGAAUACUUAGAAAGACUUCCACAAGAUAAUAAUAAUCCAGUUGAAGAUGAACUUGUUGAUUCAGCAGAUUUCUUAUAUAAUAAUAACUGGACAGUAGUUUCGUAUAACGAUACUUAUCCCAGCUUAAUGGACAUAGACCUGGCAGCAGAAAGGAUAAUCACGUACAACUUUGUCUCUAAAAAUAAAAGGAUUUUAAGAGCUCACACAUUCCUGAAGAAGAUACCGUGCAUCCCUGACUUGACACCACCCCCAUAUUUGAUUGAUUUUGGGCACGUCAUCAGGGACCUUCCCGUAUGCUAUACAGUCACACUCUACAACUACGGUCCAAUAAGAACCGAUGUUAAGCUGGUAAUGGAUAAUAAGUCUUCGCUUCUCGAAAGCGAGUUUGUAAUAGAAUAUAAAGAUACCAUGCUUGAUCCUGGAGAUUCUGUGGCUUUGUACGUUAUAUUUUCGCCAUCCAGAAGGAAAAAUCCUGUUGUAGAUAAAGAGGUUAACAAUGUCUUUCGGUUGAGAGUACGGCACGGUCCUACUAUUACGGUGAAAUUGAAAGCAAAAGUUACUUUACCGACGAUUAGCGUUAAAUAUGAAGAGAUUUAUUUUGAGAAAGUGAAUUGUGGAACUGCGCUUAGAAAAACUGUUUUGUUAACAAACAAUGGUAAUGUGGAAAGCAAAUGGUUUCUUUCAUUUCCCAAAUCGCAAAAAACGAAUGCCCUUUCUGGUUUCUACGUCAUGCCGAAAAAAGGAACGCUUAGUGUUGGCCAAUCGACACUGUUGAACGUGUAUUUUAUACCCAGCGACGCCGAAACAUACAGAAGAGUCCUAAAAAUCGAGGUAGAAAAAAGCGACAAUUUUCUAUCGAUAAGUUUAUUCGGAGAAGGUGUCAAUCCGAAGCUAUCUAUCUUACCGGAACGUAUGGAAUUUCCUUCGACACUAAAUUACUUUUCUCGAACGUUGAAGUUUUACGUAGAGAACGUCAGCGAUCUGCCUAUGGAAUUUUACUAUCCAACAUUCACUGAUGAUAUUCAACAGGAACAAAUGUUAACAGAUACUUUUCUAAGCGCUAAAAGUCUCAACUACGUUUUGAUACCGUAUCGACAUGCUGGUGACACAUUGCCUACUCAUUUUAAAACCGAAUAUGACAAUUUACUAGCUCGAUUACGAAAGAAAAUUAUUGCCAAGAAGGAAAGUGAAGUUGCUACAACUGAUUCUCCAUAUCCUAAACAAGAAAUAAGUAGAGUCACGCUAAGUUACGAAGAUCCUCUAAUAAAAUAUUCAAAAGAAGAACUGCACAAGAUUUUAAAAGAGUACAUCGAUAUGGGAGAAUUUCAAGAGGACGUUGAAUCUUCUUCGAUAUGUCAUUUAGAUGAAUCACCUCAAACUUUCGAAAUUAUAGAACCAGAUGUGAGUCCUGAAACAGAUCAAUACGAAAUAAACGGUGGAUUAAUAAUUAUACAUGGAGGUCCAUAUACAGAAUACUAUAAAGCUGAAUACUAUAUAGAUAUACAGGAAUACUAUAAAGCUGCCAAUGCAAUUUCCAAAACUUUGUCAUUUCCCACAUAUAGUAUAGACAGAUUAAUUAUUGAAGCCUUAGUGGAACAGACACAUCCUUGCUCGAACGAUAUACUUAGUGUUAUUGACGAACAAUAUUAUGAAAUCACUUAUUCGACAUCAAAAACGAAUCUAACAAGAUCAGCAGAUAUGGAAGAUAAUAUGUAUGAUAAAAUAUUACAAAAAAUUAAUACCAUUCUAACAACAAAACCAAAGAAAUCUACCAAAAAAGGAUCUCUUACAGAUAAAGGUAGUAGAGGAUCAUCUGAAAAGAGUCAAAACAAAGCAAAAUCUGGUACUACAGAUUGCUUUUUGAAUAUCCUACCGGAAAACCUUGUAGAUUUAUUAAAAAUGAAAUUUUGUAAAUUUCCCUUUUUGAUUAUUGAAAGUUUAGUUAGUAUAUUCUGCCCAAAAGAGAACUUAGCUUUGUAUAGUAUUUUGAAAGCAGCUGGACCCUUAAAAUACAUACAAAUAAUACUAUUUUCAUACACUACAUCGGAUUUUAUAAAGAGCGAACAGAAUAAAGAUGAAGAAAUCGAUGAGAGUAAGAUUGUUAAGGAUAUUAAAAAACAAGAGGUUAGUGACAAAAUUUCUAAGAAAAGUGCCGUUUCGGACAAGAAGUCAAAGGCUAGUGAGAUGAAAAAGAAGCUUCCGCCAGUUCCGAAAGCCUUGAAAGAUAAACUGGAAAAAUACGAAAGCUUGCAAAGAGAAAUUGUGCAUGUGGCGCAAAACUGGGAUAAAAUAUCUGGUGUAUUAAAAAAGCCGUUUAUUGACAAGAUACCGAAGUCCACAAGAAAGGAUAUAAAUACGAAAGAAUCGGUGAAAACAUUAAAAAGUUCCGCUAGAAAAGUCUCAGAUACCAACAUAGAUGACUUAUCGAAAUCUGAAGAUAUUGGAUGUUACUUCUGGCUUAUUUUAAACAGUCACGAAGAUCGACCUGUGGAUUUCUGUUCCAUGAUAAGGAACUCCAUUGAAACUUUUGCUGAACUGAAUGAAAUCUUACAAAGUAUCGAUGAGUCGACGAGACAGGUUUUGGAAGAGACAGAUACCUUAUUUUCAGUCAUUUCAAAAUAUAAAUCCAAAGACAACGUUCUGUCGGAUAUUUUUAACAUUAAAAAUUGUAAAUCAAGGGAUAGUAUUGACAGUACAAAGGGUCGUAGUAAAUCUGCUACAGGUUCAGGAGAAUUAAAGCAAAAACGUAGAAGAGGUUCUAGAAGAAGUAGUGUUAGUGCAAAGUCAAUUGAUCUAUACAGAGAAGGAGUUACAAAAGCAGAGAAAAAAGAUAAAGAGGAUAGAGAAGAAUUCACGACUAGAAUGAUUUUGCAACCUGGAGAAAGUGCUAAAUAUGAAGUAACCUUCAACCCCUCUAAAGUUGGAAAUUUCAAACACAAUUACAUUUUAAGAACGCUCAACAACAACAACUUAUAUCAGAUAAGCUGUAUGGGCCUUUGUGAAGUUCCUAAUAUUGAUUUUAGGCCACAAGUUAUGUUCCCAAAAGUUUUAGAUGACAUUAAAGAAAAAACGGCUUGUGACCAUUUCGUUUUUAUAAAAAAACAAAACGUUUUAGACUUCGGAAAUGCCAUAGUUGGAGCAAACCCCGAGAAAUGUCAGACUUACAGUUGUAAAAUGCUGCUCCGAAAUCCACUAUCUACAGAAGCCGACGUAACUGUUUCAUUCAAUAACGAUUUCUUUUUUGCUGACCUGACCAGCGUAACAAUACCACCAAAAGAUAAACGAAAUAUGAAAAUUUCUAUUAAGCCGAACAAAAUAGGCUCGGUAACAUCGAAUCUUUAUAUCUCUAUAGGAAACAACCCCGUUGUGCGAGAGUUUGCGCUAGUCUGUACGGCAUGUAAACUGGAGUUUAAUAUAGCGCCGAAAACGAUUGCUUUUGACAAAGUACCGUUAACUUACUAUGCUAAAAGAGUGAUAAAACUGACAAACUCUUCGCCGAUAAAUUUAAGAUGGCAAAUGGACGAGUACAAAUGGGCAGCGGAUAUUCUAUGUAUUCCCGAAGUGUCGGGUUUUAUCGGUAUAUUUUCAGUCAAUGACGUUGUUUUCCGAUUUCAUCCUAAAGAAGAAAUCUCAUUUCCCAAGAAGCAAGUAUUAAUUAAGAUAUUUGACGUAAACAGUGAAAACAUAGAACCAUUCCACGUGGAAACGAUAUCGAUACACGGCGAUUCAGUAGAAUACGCUUUAGAAUUUGAUAAAUUAAUAGACUAUGGAGAAAUAAAAGGAGGAAUUGAACAUAAGUUGAACUUCCAUAUUACAAAUAAAAGCAAAUGCGAGAUAGCAAUUAAAUUUGAAGUUCCAAAUAAUCCAUUAGAGGAAAACAAUUUUGUUAGAGAGUAUUUUAAAGUGUCCCCGGCGAGUUUAACUUUAGGAGCCCAGAAAACUGAAGCUCUGGUCACGGUGUUUCAUCCAAAAAGUAACUUUACUGUUGAAAAUUUAUUUAUACUAAUGAUAAACCUUGGCGAAAAUAUGGAGUCUAGUGAUAUUAUUAAAUCGUACAAAGUUUACAUAAACGCUUCUGUAUUUAUGCCAGUUUUUAAAGUUUGCCCUGCGUCUUAUCUAAAUUUUGGAAAUGUCCAGCUGCUGAAUAAUAAAAGGAUGAAUAUCACGCUAACCAACAAAGGAAAAUUUCCAUUCAGUUUUAAUAUGGUAAAUUACGCGAAAUUAUUAACAGCAAAAAUUAAAGGAGAUAAAGAGCAAAAUAAGAAAUCUAAAGGUAGUAAAACGAAUGCUGGUGAUAAAAGUACAAAGAAUACAAAAUCUGAUAAAAGCGAUAAAAAGAAAACCAAAGAGAAAAGUACGAAGACAACAACAAAUACUGGCAAAGUAGUGACGAAUAAGAAAAACAAAGCGGAAAAAAUUAAGUCAAAAACGAGCAAAUCGACGAAUAAAUCGAAGAGUAGUUCACAAGAGAAAAUGGUGAAACUAACUAAACUCGAAGUAAAUAACUUCUCGAUCAUUCCAUCCAGCGGUAUCGUUCCGCCCAACAAAACGUUUGAAAUGUCGGUGGAUUUCAAUCCUACCGAACUUGCGUUCUACAAGGAGGAGGUGCUACUCAAUAUAACUGAACUGGACGAUGCAGAAAAGAAGAAAAUUAUCAAAUUAGAAGGAACUGGGUGCGAACCGAAAAUAAACCUGUCAGACUUUGAAAAUAUAUUUGCCGAACAAUACAACAUUCGUCAUAUAGACGACUUUGUAGAACCAAAAAAUGUAGAAAAUUACUGCGUAUUUUCAUCUUCAGAAGUAGCACUAUAUUUCAAGCUCGUGUGCGUAAAUACGACAAAAACCAUUCGUAUUUACUUUAAAAACAUAGGAUUUGUCAGAGCUAAUUUGAUGGCGAAAUUAGACGAUGACGAAAACAUUUUUUCAAUUUCUCCCGCAAGUAAAAAAGUCGAACCUUACAAUUCUUGUUCGUUCGAGAUCAAGUUCCACCCACUUACGCUAAAAAAAAUAACGCGCCAUUUAGAGCUUUCUUGUAAUUCCUCUUCAGAUAAUAAACUUACGGUGCUCUUAAUCGGUGAACCAGCUCUGCCUCAGAUAGUUAUGUUAAGUCCUGUAACAGAGAAAAAUUGUGCAGAACUAAAUUAUGAUCCCACAUGUGUGGGGUAUACGCAAACUAGAGAGAUUAAACUUAAAAAUGUUAGCAAAAUCCAAUGUAAAGUUAUUGUUGAAAUUGGAAACGAUGAAAACUGUUUUGUUAUAGCACCUGAGGAAGAUACUGUGCAGAAGUUAAAUCUAAAAGAGGAGGAAGGUGAAAAUAUUUUAAUACCAAAUUUAACAGUAAAUUUGAUGCCGGAUGAAAUCGCAGAAUUUCAGAUUAUUUUUACACCUUUAACAGUUAUGCAGACUGUACAAAAAAUUUUACAAGUUCAGAUAGUUAACAAUCCAUAUGAACUUAAUCAGAUACUUCUCACAGCAUCCAGUUAUGAUUCCGACGUUGUUAUCGAUAAUCUGAAAGCGCUACAGUUAAAAUCUGAAGCCAUUGCGUCCAAUUCGUCUUUGCUGACCAGAAAUCCAAUCGGAUACGAUUUAAACUUGGGCUACCGGGAAAUCAAUAGACCCAGUAAAACGUCCUUUGUUAUCAGGAAUAAAUCCCAAACCAAGAUUUACAAAUUUAGAUUCUAUAAUUCUACCCUGACCUUUAUUCCUGAGGUGGGACACUUGAAACCGCUGGCAUGGAAAGAAGUGUUGGUUGUUUUUAAAACGACGCGUCCGUUGAUCAAAUUGAAGGAAGAAAUAACAUGUAAUAUCACUGAAAUUGAGUAUAUUUCACCGGAUACGCAACCUCUCUCUUGGGACGAUAGACAAAAAUUCGUACAUUGGGUUCCAGAAAACGAUUAUUCCAAUACAAGUCAAGAAGGGUCAAUUUUUAAUGGUAUUCCAGGCGCAAAGAAAAGCUCGAACGAGAAUAUAUUAGACGUAAAGGGUAAAGUUAUAAUGGAAGGAACGGAACCGGCCAUAAAUGCCUUGCCAGAAUCUAUUCAGAUCAUUCCAAUUUAUCUGACCGUAUUAUCUGAUUAUAGCAGAUACGUAUGUGACACGCGUAAUCUCAACUUCUACACUACUUACGUAAAAGAGAAAAAAACUCAAUCGUUUGAAGUGAGCAAUAUUGGAAAAACCUCUUUGAAUAUUGAAUGGACGGUUACAGAAAAGCCUUACCCAAUUACUAUUAAAAAGUCAACUUCAUCAACUGGUUUUUCAGGAAAGAGCUCUACUGAAGUACCAAUAUCUAAGAGCGUUAGUACUUCAACUCUAAGCUCCUUUAGUGAAGCUACUGAUGACAUUAAAACAGCAGUAACCAUUGAACCUAAUAUAACUACUAUCGACCCGGAAUCUUCUAAAUCGUUUGAGGUUUCAUUUGUGCCCGAAAUACCAGGCAAAUACGAAUUUAUUAUGACUUCUUUGAUAAAAUCGCUGCAACCAGAUUUUGGCGAUAUACAAAUUAAUGUCUGCGGUGAGGCUUUAGCCGUUCCAUUCUAUAUCGAAUUCGAAGAUGGAAAGGCUUCAAAUAAAGAUUUAAAAUUAGAGUUCGAAAGCAUUGGAACUGGACACGAAUCUAUAAGGAGAGCUUUGUUGGUUAAUGCCAGUGAAGAAGAAUUUUCUUUCGAACUGAUACCUACUGAAAAAAAGCAAUUUUCAUAUUUUUACUGUCAAACUUUAAAAGGAACAGUAGCGAGUAAACGGAAAGCGCCACUGGAAUUUUCAUUCAAUCCCCAAAUUAUUGGACAUUUUAUGGAAUCAUUUAAAUUAAGAAUUAUCGGAAAAGACAUAGUGGAGUUUAUAUUACUAUCCGGUUUAUGUAGAGAACCAAAGGUUUAUUUUACAGAAACUAAUGUAGAUUUAAAACCAACAGUGCCUAACGUAAAAUCAACGAAGUCUGUCGAUCUAGUAAACGAUGAGACGUUUUCGAUAGCUUUUAAGUUUAAUAAACGAUCUUUAGUUGGACAAAACCAAUUGGAGAAGUUGGACGUAUUUCCACUUUUUGGAAGGAUAAAUCCUAAAACUAAAACUGAAAUAAAAAUAAGUUUUAUCACUCCUCACAUUCUAGUCAAUCAGUUUCUGGUAAAAUGUUGCGUGGAAAAAUUAAAGGCACCAUUAGGUUUGCAUGUGAACACAAGUUGUUUAAAGAUCAAAACGUCAGUAUGUUAUAGAGAUAUAAUUGGAGAAAUUAUAUAUCUGGAAGAUAAAGCAGUAAAUAAUAUAGAUUUAGGCCAUAUGAAUAAAGGCAAGAAAGAAAUGAUACCUUUUAAAAUUUCUAACACUGGACAAACUGGAGUGUUUUAUAACUGGGAAUAUGACUCGAAAUGUAUUGCACACUUAUAUGCAUUGUCGAUUGAAAAUGAGAAAGGGUUUUUAAAAUGUGGCAAUCACACAAAAACUAAUAUGAGCAUUCAGGCCUUGCGACUUGGAGCUAUAAAACAAUUUAAAGUUGUUCUUAAGAUUAUGUAUGGGCCUACUUAUAACAUUCACCUUAACGCUGUUUGUGAUAAACCUGUCUAUACAUUUUCAUUUAAUGAAUAUGAUUUUGGAUAUUGUUUUCCACAAAAAGGCGACACUCGCCUUUAUAAAACUAGCUUAACAUUCAGAAACAUGGAUUCGAAACCCAUAUUACUGGAAAAUGACUUUGAAAAAAAGGAUUUCUUAUCAGUUGAUUUUGCCUCUAAUAACGUACUACCUGGUGAAAUUAGAAACAUGAACAUUUACUUCCAUCCCCAAAAAGUUGGUUACUAUAAAACAAUUUUACCGUUUUUACUGAACGAUGUUAAGCAUUCUAUCCCAAUCACUGGAGACUGUGUUCCUAUUAAAUUGCAGCUAAAUAAUUUCAAAGAUAAAUUUGUUAAUUUUGGAGAAGUUUUAGUAGGGUCGACUAAAAAAUUUAAAGUCAAUUUUUACAAUGAUACCUCAAAUAAAAUGGAGAUUCAUUUCAAUUUCUACGACAAUUUGAUCUUCCAUAAGAGAAUAGUUAAAAAUUUAUCAAAAACUGACAUAAAGAUGCCAGUUGUUCCAGAACAUGUUGUUAAAGAGUUAAAGGCGAAAAAAGAAGAUAAGAAAAAAGGAGAAAAUCACAAGGAAAAACAGAAGACAGAAAAGAAAAAUAAAAAAGAUAAGAAUAAGAACGUCGAAAAACAUCUUGAUGACAAACCACAAGACGAUUCGGAAGCUUUGUUAAAGCUAAAGGCCGAAGAAGAUAGAAAAGAAUUUUUAAGUUAUUUCUCCAUUACGCCUAGUAGAGUAACUUUACCACCGCAUGGUAAUGGAAGUAUAGAAAUUUCUUUUGCAUCUAAGAAAAAAAUAAACUUUGAGGAACAGAUUUAUUUUGAAAUUGAAGACCAUUAUGAACCUUUUCUGUUGAUAAAGGGGUCAAGCAUAAUGCCUGAAUUUUCGUUAGAUUUAAUCGAGUUAGCAUUCUCUGGUAUUAUUGUUGGAUGCAGCAGUUCUAAAGAAAUAAAAUUGAGCAAUAUUGGAGAUGUAACAGGAAGUUACUCUUGGACAUUUGACGAAAAAAGAACUUCUGUCUUUAAUAUAGAACCAAAACAGGGUUUUGUAACUCCAAGAAAUUAUGCAGUUUUUAAAGUUACUUUUAAUCCAACUAAAGAAAAAUGUGAAUAUAGAACAAAGGCGAAUUGUUCUAUUAAGGAUUACAAACUGCCUCUUAAAUUGCUGCUAAAAGGAAAUUCAGUAAAGAUGCCAGAUCCAACUGACACUUUGUCUUUUACCUGCAACGUAAGAAGUCGAACCGAACAACCAAUCAAUAUAACUAAUAACACUUUUGAACAAUGGCUAUUAAAACCAGAAAUCUCCAACGAUCAGUUUUCUACAGCCAAGGAAAUUAUUGUUCCACCUCAAGUAGAAACGCCAAUUAACAUCACAUUUGCUCCAAGAGCUAUGACAAUACCAACCGAUACUUUUAAGGGCAACGUUUUCAUCCGCUUACCUGACGGUAGUGGACUGAGGUAUAACUUAGAAGGAAAUGCUACCGAGCCCUUAGUAGAAAAAAAAAUUGAAAGAGAAUUAAGUUGCAAAAAAAUCCAUUACGAAUUUUUGGACGUUACAAACUGGUUGACCUCCAAGCAAAGUUUCGAUGUCAAAACUAAGUUAAUUUCCCAUGUAACGAGCCACACGUUAUAUAGGGUGUCCGGCUUUAAAACAAUCCAAGUUGAAGGAAAGGAGACCAAGAAAUACAAAUGGGGAAUAUAUCUCGUUAACGAAGGCUUUAUCGAAUUGAAAGUAACGUUCAAAAAUCCCGAAACUGGCGAGUUCCUUUUUUACGAAAUCGGCCUAAAAGGUCUGCCAUGCGAGCCAAUCCAAACAAUGUCCUUCCACACUACUGUAAGAAAAGCAGUAACGCGGCAAUUAGUUUUGGAAAAUCUAGUUAAUAUACCAGUGACGUAUUAUUUAGAAUGUCCAGGAAAAGGUUUAACCUUUGAAAAUAUUGUAAAGAUGGAUCCGUAUACCACGUCUAAAAUUGAUGUCACUUAUAAACCAAUAAUAGUCGAAAAUACAUCCACUACUUUAACAGCAAAAUGUGAAGAAUUGGGCACGUUUUUGUUCACAAUUAAAAUGAAAAGCAACCCGCCUGAACCUAACGAGGAUCUAUUUUUUGAAGCCGAGCUUGGCGAAAAGGCCACCAAAACAAUUCUGUUUAAGAAUAAUUUCGAACAAUCUUUAGAAUUUUCGUAUAAGUUUGACGAUCCUGAAUUUUAUAUGGAACGAUGUCAAUCAAUGUCGCCAGGAGAAACAGGAAAAAUUAUUAUAAUUUUUGAUCCUUCCAAUCUAGGAACGCUCGAAAGUAAUUUAUGUCUAUUUUCUGCGAUAUCCGGAGAAUAUGUUUACAAAUUAAUCGGAGAAGGCUUAACACCGACACCUAAAGGACCAUUCAUCGUUAGAAGUAACUAUCCUGCUUACAUAGAUUUCAGAAAUUCAUUUAACGACGACAAAGUGUUCGUUUACGAUAUACAUCCGGAAAUAUUUGUUGCUGAUCUAACGGAAGAACUAAUCAAAGCCAGGAAGACAAGCAGAAUUAUAAUAAAAGCUAAUUCUAACGAAGAAACUGAAGAACCAGUGGCGGGAAAAUUAGUUAUAUAUUUGUCAGACGAUCCUAAAAUAAAAUGGUCAUAUUAUUUACAUUUUAAACGGUGAAAAUAAAGAUAUAUGCCAUUUAG